AUGCGCGGCAGCGCCCCGUCCCCCGCGCCGCGCCCGCCCGCCAGCCCCCCCAGCUGCCCACACGCCGCCAUUUCCUCCCCGCCGCGCGAGGCGCGGAGCAUCACCACACAACCCCUCUGCCGCAGGACGGCGAGGAAGGCCUGCGUGGCCCGCUCCCCGCUGGGCGCAAAGCGCGUGCCCGGGUGCGGGUUGAAGCCGAUCAGGUUGACCUUGCAGCGCACGCGGGCGAGCAGGUCGGCGAGGCGGUGGGCGUCCGCCUCGCCGUCGUUUACCCCGCGCAGGAGCACGUACUGCACGAGCACGUGGCGGCCGGCGCGCUGCGCCUCUGCAGGGAACAGCUCCUCCAGUGCAGCCACCAGCUCGCGCAGCGGGUGCCGGCGGUUGAUGGGCACCAGCCAGUUGCGGACCUCGUCGGUGGUGGCGUGCAGGGACACCGCCAGCGCCGCGCGGCUCCGCGCCGCGAAGGCCCGCAUCUCCGGCACCAGGCCCACCUGCGGCGGGGCGAGGAUUGAUUCUUGGAGGGUCAAGGGAUGGGCUGCGCAGCGAGUGGCACGGGGCACGAGGGAGGACAGGCGCAACAUCAGAGUCGCACCCGCUGCCACCAUCCCACAAAGGCGCAGCACACCGUCGAGACGCAGACCCGGCUGGCGGGGAAGCCCAGGCCCUGGGGGUGGGUCAGCACCUCCACUGCCACCGCCACGGAGCCGGCGUUGUGCAGGGGCUCGCCCUGUGUGCGAGGGAGGCAGCAGAUUUCAUCCUAGGGAUGCGGGCCUCAGUGCAGGCGCCGAUACCCACACGCAUGUCCAGAGCGGCGAGGCCUUACGGCCACACCACCAUCGCAAUGCAUACGAUUGCAGUCCACAGAAGUAUUGCCAGGCUCCAGGCUCACCAUCCCCAUGA